CAUCCAGGGGCUCCCCCUUACCCCUCGCCUGGGCACCCCCACCCUUUAAAAUGUUUUUUAUAGGGUGGGUGAGCUUUUUGGGGGAGGGGGGCGGGCUGAGACCGGAUGGCAACUCAUCGCCCCCCACCGCAGCCCCCCGUCGAGGGGCGGGGCGGCCUUGCGGGGGGGAUGGGAAAGGCGUGCGGCCCCUUUAAAUUUACCCAGGAGCCCUUAAAGGAGCCCCAGGGGCCCCACGGCGGCGUCCCCACCCCGGCCGGCCCCUGCCCGCCACCGUCGCUGCCGCCCCGGGCCCCGCCAUGGAGCCCCCGAACCCCCACCCCGACCCCGGACCUCUCCCGCACCCGGACCGCCCAGCCUCCCCGCCAGAGCCGGGACCGCGGGGGGGGCCGUCGGAGCUCAGACCACUGCGAAGCUCGAGCGUCGCGGCCGGGUCGGAGCCGUAUCCCGGGUCGGGAUCACCGUCGGUAUUACCACGAGCGUUGGCGAGCCGAAUACCUGAUGGAGUUCAACGCGGCGCGACACGGGAUGCUCUGCAUGGUUUGCGGCAGCGCCCUCGCCACCCUCAAGCUCAGCACCAUCAAGCGCCAUAUCCGGCAGAAACAUCCCUAUUCCGGCGCUUGGGGACCCCGCGAGAAGCAGCUCGUCCUCCGCUCCUGGGAUUCCCACCCGGGUCUCCACGCCCACCCCGACGGACCCCCCGGUGCCGGUGGUGGCGGCGGGACAGGCUCCCCGUCCCCCACCCGUCCCCGCCGUCACCGUCGUCGAGGCUGCCCGCGUCCCCCGUCCCCCCGAGGCGGGAAAACGUCCCCUUCGGGGUUACCGGUGACGAGGGUCCGCCCGGGGGGGGACUCGCUCCGGGGGUGGCUGCGGGCCGAGCUUCUGCUGGACCUGGAGGCGGGGGGGAACCGUCUGCGGUGUCUGCUCUGCGCCCGCGCCCUGCCCUCGCUGCACCUCGGGGACAUCCGCCGCCACGCGCUGGCUGCCCACCCCGGCACCCUCCGCCUCGGCCCCGGCGAACGCGGGGCGCUCCUGCGCGCCUGCCGCGGACGGGGGGACGGCGGCGACGACGACGACGACGAUGAUGAUGAUGUUCCUGACGCCCCGCAGCCCCCCAGCCCCGCCGAGGAGGAGGAGGACGAAGCAGCAGCCGCUGAGGCCGAAGCAGCUGCCACAGGGGAGGAGGAAGAGGAGGAGGAGGAGGAGGGUGCAGGGGGGGCCCCCCCGGGGGCCUGUGGCCGCCGCAGCCCCCCCCCUCUUCUCCCUGCGCCCUGGGGCCCCCCCCGCCUGCACCGCCUGAGCCCCCGGGGGACAGGGACACUGUUGGGGGGGGCGACACACAUCACAUGGGGGAGGAGGAAACUGAGGCACGGGGGGGGGGGACAGGACACAGAGACCCCCCCUCAGUGUCCCCAGUCCCACCCCCAGAGCCAUGUCCCCCCCCAGUAUCACCAGUGCCCUCCCCACGCCUCAGAGGUGGCACCUAUGGGUCCCCUCAAUGGUGUCACCGGUCCACAACGCUCGCUCCCCCCCCCACCCCGCGGUGUCACUCUUAUUUAUGCGUGUCCCCCCCCCCUUUUUUUUCUACGCUCCCCCCCUCGUUUUUGUACAUGACACCCCUCAAUAAACCCGUUCCUGGA